GCGUGUGGAUCUUAGGGACUCUGGAGGGGGAGGGAACUGGAAGCUCAUGGCUCGAAAGUCAGACUAGGGAAGCGGGACCCAGCGGGGAGGCCAAGGAGGAACCAGGAGUCCAAGCCGGACCUGGUUCUUCUGGGAAGGAAACCGGACCCAGGACUGCGGUAACCACACGCUCGGAUCUGUGACUCUUCCCUUUCCAAAAGAAGAGUUCAGAAGAGAAGGUUCAUCUCUUGCAAAUUUCACAGAUAUGUCUCAGGGAUCAGUGUCAUUCAAGGAUGUGACUGUGGACUUCACCCAGGAGGAGUGGCAGCAACUGGACACGGAUCAGAAGGCCCUAUACAGGGAUGUCAUGUUGGAAAAUUAUUGCCAUCUUGUCUCUGUGGGGUUUCACAUGACUAAGCCUGAUAUGAUCCGCAAGUUGGAAGAAGGAGAAGAAUUGUGGACAACAGAGAGAAUUUUUCCAAGUCAGGGCUAUCUAGAAGAAGAUGGGAAAGCUGAAGGUGUUUUAAUGAAGUUCAAAGAAUAUCAAAAUAGGCAUUUUAGAUCAGUUGUAUUCAUCAACCACAAAAGACUAACUAAGGAAAGAAGUAAUAUUUGGGGGAAAACACUUACUGUAGGCAAGAACUAUAUUAUUUCAAAAACAACACUACAUGAAUAUAAACCUGAUGGAAAGGUUUUGAAAAAUAUUUCAGAAUUGGUCAUUAGAAAUAUAAGACCUGUAAGAGAGAAGUUUGGUGAGAGUAAUGGAUGGGAGAAAUCACUCCUCAAUACUAAGCAUGAGAAAAUUCAUACUGCAGUGAAUCUCUAUAAACAAACAGACUGGAGUCUGAGUGAUGAACAGGAACUUAUUCAACAUCAGAAGGUUCAAACUGAAGAGCAAUCAUUUGAACAAAAUGAGUGUGAAAAUUCCUUCCUUGUGAAAGGAAUGUUAUUUACACAUACUAGAACUCACAGAGGAGGAGAAAGACUCUUUGAAUACAAUAAAAAUAUAAUGCCUUUCAUUAAAAAGUCAAAUCCAAGUGUCCAUCCACAAAAUCUUAUAGAAAAGAAGCCCCAUGCAUAUAGCAAAUAUGGGAAAUUCCUCUGCAGGAAGUCCAUUUUUAUUAUGCAUCAGAGAUCUCAAACAGAAGAGAAACCCUUUCAUUGUCCUUACUGUGGGAAUAGCUUUAGAAGGAAGUCAUAUCUCAUUGAACAUCAGCGAAUUCACACAGGUGAGAAACCUUAUGUUUGCAAUCAAUGUGGAAAAGCCUUCCGUCAAAAGACAGCCCUCACUCUUCAUGAGAAAACACAUGUUGAGGGGAAACCCUACAUGUGUAUGGAUUGUGGGAAGUCCUUCCGCCAGAAGGCAACCCUAACUAGACAUUACAAAAUACAUACAGGGGAGAAAGCUUAUGAAUGUACUCAGUGUGGGAGUGCUUUUAGAAAGAAGUCAUACCUCAUUGAUCAUCAGAGAACUCACACAGGAGAGAAACCAUAUCAAUGUAAUGAAUGUGGGAAGGCAUUUAUCCAGAAGACAACGCUCACUGUACACCAAAGAACUCACACAGGAGAGAAACCCUAUAUUUGUAGUGAGUGUGGAAAGUCCUUCUGCCAAAAGACAACCCUUACUCUCCAUCAAAGAAUUCAUACAGGGGAAAAACCCUAUAUUUGUAAUGAAUGUGGAAAAUCUUUUCGCCAGAAGGCAAUCCUCACUGUUCAUCAGAGAAUACAUACAGGAGAGAAGUCCAAUGGAUGUCCUCAAUGUGGGAAAGCCUUUAGUAGGAAAUCAAACCUCAUUCGCCAUCAGAAAACUCAUACAGGAGAGAAACCAUAUGAAUGUAAAGAAUGUGGGAAGUUCUUUAGUUGUAAGUCAAACCUCAUUGUCCAUCAGAAAACUCACAAGGUAGAAACCAUGGAAAUAUAGUAAAUGAUGUGACUUUAUUCUUAUAAAAGCUUUGAAAGUCAUAGUAAACCCUGUAUUGAUGUUGCUUGCAAAUGUAAUAAUAUUCAAUAGUUUAAGGUACUAUAAACAUACCUAUUAUUUACUAGAUGAUAAAAUACACAGAAUUACUAGACAAAUUAAAUGACAAAAGUCAUUGAAAAUACAAGUCCCAAUUUUUAUUAGAGUCACAAGAGAUAAACUUUCUCAAGUUGCUUUACACAUUUAAAAUUGCUUGUUUUCAAUUUCAAUACCUACCUGGUUGUAAACCAGUAGUACAGAGUUGGUAUAUGAACCAUACUAUAAGCAAAGGACUUUAAAAAAGAAAGUAGUUGUGAACUGUAUUUUUCAUUGCAAAUAUGGAAUAAAAAUUAGCUGCUACCUCCUCAGAGUUAACCACAGUUCUAACUUCUAACAUUAUAAAUUAAUUUUUGCAUAUUAUACUUUAUACAAAUUGGAUUAUAUAUCAUGUAUUGAUAUUUUUUACAUUUGGCUUAUUCCAUAAUUAUGUCUCUGAAAUUCAUCAUUAGUGCAUUUAGCAGAAAUUUGUAUAUUCUGUGUAGAAUCUCAUAUGAAUAUAUCACAGUUUAUCCAUCUAUUUUUGGUGGACUUUUUCUUUGUUUAUAGCUUAGGGUUAUAAUAAA